AUGUUAACGGGGGCAUAUAAGAACUCGAGGAAUCUUUCUAUUAGAGUUGAUUUUUCUGUUACACGGAAUCUUAAAGAAGAGGAAAUAAAGGUCGAAGAAGAUGAAGUUAAUACAUUGGUUCAUGCUGCUACAAGGACUAUUGAAGAUGGUCCCAAUGAAAGUGGUUAUGAAGAUGACUGGGACUAUUAUUGGGCUCAGGAGAUGGAUAUUAAAGUACAAGGAGACUAUGCGUUAAGAAGGACAGUUGAAGAUUAUCAGAAUGAAAAUGUUAAUGGAGAUACACAGAGCUAUAAUUGGGAAGAGGAUAUGGGAAUUGUUAAUGACGUUGAAAGUGAUGAAGAUGAAUGGGAAUAUGGUUGGGAAGAGGGAAUUGAGAUUGAAGAAGAUAUUAGAUUUGUUCCUGCGGCUAAAUCGUGUAUUGAGGAAUUGAAGGCAGUAACAACUAAAGAAACAGAAAAAUGUAGUAUUUGUUUUGAAGAUUUUAAAGUUGGUGUCUGUAUGCCAUGUUCACAUAUGUUUCAUAUGGAUUGUAUUCAAGAUUGGUUGAAUAUAGACAACUCAUGUCCUUUGUGUAGGUUUCAGUUGCCUACUAAUAAGAAUUAA